GUCACCACGCCGGCUCUAAUAAAUGGCCACGGCCAUUCCAAGGCCAGAUUACGGCAGAUUAAAGAGGAUACGGUGGCACGCGUAAACUUUUCGCGUGUUUCCGCGGAGCGGCUAGCUGCGCUUUGGCCGUCGCGGCGCGGACAAAUCAUGAUGCUUCAUCUUUGAUGGGACCCCGAGUGAAGGCUCUCUGCUAUCCUGCGAGGUUUUGCCCUUGUCCUACAAUGCCACAAUGCUUAUAAUUCAACUCGUGGUGUUGCUCAGCGUGUUGUUGUUGGGCGGCGCGCGGGGCUCGACGGGUUCGAGGGCGCAGCCGUGUGCCGGGAGGCAACCGUGUGACCCGCGACACCGGCGCGACGCCGGAGGACGCGGUGGCGUUUACGAGCACCUCGGAGGCGCACCGCGGCACAGGAAACUCUACUGCGCUACUAAAUAUCACCUACAGAUACAUCCGAACGGGAGAGUAGACGGAUCUCUGGAAGAGGACAAUCCUCUGAGUAUAUUAGAGAUCACAGCAGUGGAUGUUGGAGUGGUAGCCAUCAAGGGCCUUUUCUCUGGAAGAUAUUUAGCCAUGAAUGAGAAAGGUCGCCUAUAUGCUUCGGAAGUCUUUAACAAGGAGUGUGAAUUUCUGGAGCGCAUUCACGAGUUAGGCUACAAUACUUACGCUUCACGGCACCACUCCACCACUCAGCACCCAGGAUCCACUGGACGGGGCAACAAGCAUAGGGCUUUUGUCAAAAAGCAGUGGUAUGUGUCUAUUAAUGGAAAAGGUCGGCCCAGGAGGGGCUUUAAGACGAAGAGCACGGACAAAGCUUCCCUCUUCCUGCCCCGUGUUUUGGGCAACAAGGACCAUGAGAUGGUCUCACGUCUACUGGAGAGCAGACAAGAUGAGACAAGCCAUCAAAGAUCCCGCAUGGGUCGUGCUGAACGAAGGAGUCGAAGGCACAAGGAGCCCAAACGCCAUGGCAGAAGGGGCAACAGGCGCAAAUCUGGCCACAAAAAAGAGACUUCAGAUGGACAGUUGGAAUAGACAAUU